CAUUUGCAGCGUGAUGGUGAAACAGCACCGCCACUGUCAGUGUUUCCUCAUGCUGGACACCUUAACUGCAAAAGACAGUAUUUUGUAGGAUCAUGGAUAUCUUAUCUUAUCGACUUCGCGGAGAUGAUCCGAUCGCGGUGCAUGCUCGACUAUUCCAGCCAAUGAGACUGCUGCCCGCGGGGGAAACAGCACGACAUGGCAACAAUAUUGCAGCGAUCGAGGGGUUGACCACCGUAUAUGAAUGCAUCGAUCUUCUCCAUUGCGACUGCAAGCCGUUUUCUCAAGGUGCACCAAGAGUACAGCAAACAGACUCUCACCCUCUCCCGUCGCAACAAUGGGCAACAACAUAUCCUACACCACCAGCACUACCCACCUGCAUAUUCCCAACACCGGACUCAGAAUCCAAGGCCUCCAAAAUGGCACGCAAUCUCGGCGCUUUACCGGAGUACCCUACGCCAAACCACCAGUUGGGCCUCUCCGAUGGCGCAAACCCAAGGCUCUACCCCUCUCCGAGUUAGCGACUCAAUGUCCAACCUUCGAUGCAACCACCUUCGGCCCCGUCUGCCCUCAAGCCAACUACUCCAAGUCCGUCAGCGAGCACAUCCCAGUCCAUACCUACAGCGAAGACUGCCUUCGCCUGAACAUCUGGACGCCCGUGCCCGACCCCGCCAACCCGGACCGAAAGUACCCGGUAAUGAUCUGGUUCCACGGCGGCUGGUUCCAGGUAGGCGACCCCAGUCAGGAAGCAGGGAUGGACCCCACCGAGCUCAUCUCCACAGGGGGUGUAAAUUGCGUCUUCGUCGCGGUGGGGUACCGUCUCAACAUCUUCGGCUUUCUUGCCGGGGACGCUCUGCGUCAGGAGUCCGGCAACAGGGAGGUGGGCAACUACGGGCUGUGGGAUCAGCGAUUGGCCAUUGAGUGGGUGUACGAGCAUAUCGAGCACUUUGGCGGCGACCCAGAGAACCUGAUCCUGUCCGGUCGGAGCGCGGGGGCGUACGCAGUGCAGGCGCAGGUGUUAUUUGAUUUCCGCGCCGCGCCCGACGUAGUCGAUGCGCGGUCGCGGGACGUGUUUCGGAGGUUGGUCAUGUAUUCCAACGCCAUCCCGACGCAGCCGAAAACACCGGAGGAUUGCCAGGCGCAGUUCGACGAGGUAUGCGCGUCUUUCGGAAUUGAGACGAAGCUGUCGGGCGAGAAGAAGCUGGAGCGACUGCGCGGGAUCGAGGCCAUGGCGCUGUGCGAUGCCAUCAUGAAGCUUGAGCAUCAUACCUUCCGGCCGGUCACGGAUGGGGUGUUCAUUCAGCCGGGCAUCUUCGACUAUUUCCAGGACGGUUCGUUUGCGGCGGAGUUCAAGAGACGGGGGCUGCGCUUGUUGAUUGGGGAGGUGCGCGACGAGAAUACUCUGUACGCGGUGACGAAUAGCCCCCGGCCCAACGUGGAGUCGUUCAGGUUACAGGUCCAGAACUAUUACUCGCCGGCCACGACGGAGAGGCUCUUGCGGCAUUAUGAACUGCCUUCGACGGACACAACGGAGGAGUGGCAGGCGGUCUUUGGACAUCUGAUUGCCGAUGGCCAGGUGCGGGCGCCGUCCAGGUUCCUGAUCAAGAAUCUGCUGGAGCAUGGCGUGGAUAUCCAGGAUGUCUGGCGCUAUCUGAUUGCCUACCGCUUAUCAUUUAUCACGGACAAUGUUGCCCCUGCGUCGUUCGGUGUGAGCCAUGCGAUGGACAGACCGAUCUGGAAUUACUCGAUUAUGCAUGGACCAAACCCCGAUGAAAAGGUGUUGAUGGAUGCUUGGAUCCGAGAUCUGGCUGCAUUCGUCAACAACGAGGAGGGUUACUCCUAUGGAACACGUGUGGCAGAUGAAUACAAGGUCAUGACUCCGGAGGGGAAAAUUGCAAUCCAGAAAGAUGCUCGGUGGGAGCACCUGCUCAAGUUGAUGGACGUGUUUUCUGGCGCUGGAGGUGUUGCUUAGCUUGGGUUUGUUGCAUGUUGAGUGUAGCCUUUGGAUCCAAACUAAAGAGAGUGGAAAGCCGUGCAAAGAUAAGGUCGUCAAAUUCCAGACCUGCUAACAGCCUCCCUUGCGGGAUUCAACUAUGUAGCGGCAGCCAGCCG